UGACUGCACUUCCUGAUUUUUCUUCAGUGAGCUAAGAGGAAGAUUCAGUGUAGAUAGAGAGUAAAACACAGAUAAGAAGGACAAACUAAAAGACAGCUGGCCUGUUAUUAGCUCACCAUGGGAGCUUCACAGAGCAAAGAUAAGAUGCACUGCACCAGAUACCUGAAUGGAAAAGGUCCUCCACCGCUGGCUGAUACAGUUGCAGCAGAUAUCCAAGGACCAAACAGCCACAAAAAAAAAUCGUUGAUUAAGCAGGGAAGUCAGCCGGACGGAGGAAAGCUGGAGUGGGAGAUUGAGAGGCGCAGUUUACCUGGUUAUCCUGAUGAUGACACCAUUAAGAUCAUCUUUCACUUUGAGGAUGGCAUUCAGUCGGAUCGUCAUCCUCAUCCGGGUCACAGUUUCAGGGGCUCAGACACAGCGGUGUAUCUUCCUCAGAACAGCUCAGGGACAAAGACCCUCCGUCUGCUGGAACAGGCCUUCCAACACAAGCUGCUGUUCACAGUGGCAGCAGACGGAAAUGGAGAAUACAUAGUGACGCCCGCAGACAUCCCUCUCAAGACCUGCGAUAGCGGCGGACCGGCCAGCUUGGGUUAUCCAGAUCCUAAUUACUUGAAAACAGUGAGGAAAAGUCUGGCAGUGAAGGGCAUCGAAUGAGGCCCAAUGGACGGCUGAAACUAAAACUGCUGAUCCUCAUCAUCACACUGGAUAUAAUGGAGUUUCACAUUUACAGGCCAAUCUGCAGCAUGCGGUUGAGUCUGAUCAUCUAACAAUAUGUGAGGAUCUUAACAUGCAAAAGCAGAAGAUGAGUUUUCAUGUACGGCACAUCUGAGACCUCUAAUUUCUAUGAAACAGACUAAUAACGUGAAGAAAGACAGUAUUAUAUACACCGCUAAAGCCUCUGUAUCGCUUUAACUAUUUUAGAAUUGAUGUAAAGUAAUAAAAAAAUGUGUAUUUUAAUGUACAUUAUUAGUGAACGUAAUUUUUUUUUACUUUUCAUAUUUCUCAUUUAUUUUAUUUAUACACUUAAUGGAAAGAGGCAACAUCUACAUUCAUUUGUUUUAUUGAAAUCUAAAAAAUUGUUUUAUCAUAGAAUCAAACUAAAUAUGUAAUAUAUACCAAUAAAACUGAUCAAGUAU